CUGUAUCGGAGAAUCCUGCCAGCCUAUCAUCAAUCCGCCGACCAUCUGCGUCGGACGGCCGUGUCCACCCUGUAUAUGCCAGAGCACCGUGUAUACUCCAGCGUGUCCUUGCCCCUGCCCAUGUCCUUGCCCCCCGCCUUGUCCAUCCCCCUGCCCGUGUCCGGAUCCCUGUCCCUGCCCGGAUCCCUGCCCCUGCCCCUGCCCGGAUCCAUGCUGCUACUAAAUAACGACCUCCACUAG